AUGGUUCGCUCGGCUCUCUUUGCCCUCGUCCUGGGCGCAUUGCUGGCGCUGGUGGCAGCGGCGGCGGGUGAUGCAAGCUCAGCUUCGCUGCCACCGCUUAUGCUGCAGGUGGACGACUCGGUGUUGCCGCGGGUGGCCAAGCGAAUGACUGCGCUCCUGGGUAGUGUGGCGACGCAUGAGCUGCAGGUGGUGCCUGCGAGCGAGAGCGUGAAUCCGACUUUGCUCCCGGCCGGAGCGGUGGUGGUGGCUGUCGGCGAGCUCGACGUUGUCAAGGCGUACAACGGAUCAGCGGCGGCGGCGGGGCUCGGGCCGGAGGGCUACGUCGCUCGCGGAUGCGCUGCCGGCGAGGUGGCAGUCCUGGUCGGGUCAGGCAUGGCCGAUGAAGGCAAGCUGACCCAUGGCGGCGGCGGAGCCGGCUUUGCGGCGUACGAGCUGCUUCAGCUCCUCGGCUUUGGUUUUCUGCACCCACUGGAUCCGCUAGUGGUGACGGCGGUGCCGUCAGUGGCGAGCCUCGGCCUCGGCCCGUGCACCGGGCCAGUCGCUGUGCGUGCCGCGGUCCACGAGCGGCACCUGCGCAUCCGCGGCUACCACAUCCACACCAUGCAUCCGCUCGAGCUAACCAACAUGUUCAACGGAUUUGGCGUGAAGGGGCCUGGUGAUGAGGCCUCUUUCAACAACAUGCUCACCGACGAGCUUCCCAACGUGUGCGAGUGGAUGGUGGCCAAUCUGCAGAACCGGGUCGAGUGGGUCGUGCUCUACGCGCAGGAGUGGGCCCAGUUUGCGACCUCUAACACCCGGCAGGCACGCUUGGCUGCGAUUGUGGCCGAGCUCCACUCGUGGGGCCUAGCAGCCGGCGCCGACGUUCCGAUUGCCGAGAUCCAGCAGCACGCGUGGCCGAUGGUCCACAAUACCGGAAGUGCGGCGGAGCAGGAGGCGCAGAUCCACGCGUCGAUCGACUGGUUUAUGGCAGCUGGCUUUGACUUUAUCUCGACCGAGAAUGGCUACUCGGAGUUUACUCAUCCCGAUGACGAGCUCAUGUUGACGUGGAUGAAUGUGGCGACCGCUUACAUCGCCGACACCUACGGCAAGCGCAUGUACAUCAAGUGUCACUGCUCGACCGGACAGACGUGUAAGAACUUUGACGAUCCGCGGACAGGCAAGCCGCUCAACUUUAACUUUCUGCCCAUCUACGCCGACUCGCGCCUCGGCAUCAUGCCGCACACCGUCCAGACGUACACGCUCGACGAGCCUGCGCCGACGUACGGCAAUCUGAACUUUACAUACAUGGAGGCGUUCACGGCGUGGCAGGCGGGACUCGGCGAGCGCGAGGUCGUGUACCACUGCGAGUCGGCGUACUGGGUUAACUAUGACAUCGACGUCCCGCUCUUCCUGCCUGUCUACGGCCUCAACCGACUGGUCGAUCUGCGGCGGCUGGCGUCGUCAAGCCCAAGCCUCGACGGCCAAAUGGUGUUUGACUCGGGUUGGGAGUGGGGCUACUGGCUGCACGACGUAGUCGUCGCCCGCGCCGCAUAUGACCCCAGCCUCGACAUUGCCUCGGAUCACGCCGCCUUUGCAGAGGCGCUCCGCGUCCCGACCGCGCCGUUUGGCUCUGCCCAGGACGACGUCAUCGCGUGGCUAAUGGCGAUGGUCGAGGCCGAGACGCAGCUGCUCAUCUACGGCAACGUCACCGGGCACAUCUUUGACGGUAAUGAUGCGUCGGUGGUCAAAGCCAACGGCCAGGCGUACCUCGAAGGCUGGGAUUCGUUUGCAGACAUCGGUGCGCUCUCCAAGCACGCGCUCGCAACUCAGCCGAACCGCAUCGGCCUGCAGGCCAUUCGCCUCGACUCCAGCUACCCAACGCACCUCGCGCCGCUGCUCGCCGCCAUGAACACUACCUUUGGCGAGCUCGUUGUUGAACUGGAGCAGCUCGCGGACGCUAUCCCUGCCCGCGCGCUGCCCAUGUACAACGAGCUGGUCCAAUCGUCACGAGUUCUUGCCGCGCGCGCCGCUCAGGUCUACGCCCUCUAUGACUAUGCGCACUACUGGUCCAAGGACAAGGCCUGGCGGGCUGCGCGGCUGGCGACGGCCGAGGCUGCGCUCGAGACAGCGAUGACCAAUAUCCGCGCGCGCGAAGCCGCGUACCGCGUCCCGCUCGAUCGCAUCGCCUUUUGGGGCGCAUACCCGGUCACAGUCUACAACUUUGGCUACGUGUGGACUGCACACUCGGGCUACUACUUUUGGCGCGACUACGCCGUCGCCCUCGAUGCCGAGCCCGCUGUCCUCUCGCCGUGCUUCCUCAACAUCCAAAACCCGGUCGACACCGCGCUCGGCGAGGGUAUCGCCCUCAACGUCACCCACCUCCUCGACAAACUGCUCGACGAGUUCAAGUGGACCCGCGAGUUCAUCGCGCCGUGCCUCUUCCCGCCGCACAACGAGCCCAUCUUUCCUCGUGAUCUCUACAACAUGACCAUGCUAAAUGCGUAGAGAGUGAUCGA